CAGGUCUACUGCAUCUGUUGUUGCGUGGAUUCUCCAGCAAGGGCUGCAAUGCAGCACGUCAUCCAAUACAAUGGUUAUUAUGGCUGCAGUUGGUGCUACCACCCAGGAGAAAAUGUCGAUGGUACUGUCAAGUACACCGUUAGCCGGCCAUUUCAAGAUCGGACUGACAAAGAAGCUUUGUCAGAUAUGAAAGAAGCUGUCAGAACUGGCACUAUUGUGCGCGGUGUGAAAGGCCCAUCCCCUCUCAUCAACCUACCAGGUUUUAGUCCCAUUUGGUCAUGGUGCCCCGAUUAUAUGCACUGUAUACUUCUAGGAGUUGCUCGGCAAAUCACUGAGCUUUGGUUCUCUCAAGUAGGAGCUGAUUUCUACUGUGGUAGGCCAUCAUCUAUGGCAGUUCUAAAUGAGAGACUAUGCUCGGUGAAGAUGCCAGGCUGCAUCAAUCGUCGACCAAGAUCGUUGAUGCUCAGAAAAUAUUGGAAGGCAUCUGAGUGGCAAUACUGGCUGCUUUAUUAUAGCAUCCCAUGCUUAACAGGACUUUUGAGCUCAGUCCAUCUAGACCACUGGGCACUACUUGUAGCUGGUGUUUUCCUUCUGCUGAAGGACUCUGUCUCGCAGCACGACAUAAAUGAAAGCACAAAGCUACUGACUGAGUUUGUAGUUCAUGUUCAGUUUAUUUACGGGCCAAGUAACAUGACCUACAAUGUUCACCAACUACUCCAUGUACCAAAGUCUGUCAUACUCUUUGGCCCCCUGUGGGCCCAUUCUUGUUUCACCUUUGAAACUAACUCAGGCAAAAUACUGAAGCUGGUAACAUCCUCUAAUGGUGUGGCCCUGCAAAUUGCCACACGCCUGCUUCUUCAGAACAAUUUGUCUGCUUUGAAAGCAGUGGCCAGUGAAAAGGCUUUGCAGCUUUGUGCAGAAAAAACUCCUGAAAGUCGUGUCAGUGGCAUUAUCCCUCUGGGAAAACCUGAGCGACUUGAUGACAGUUUGCUUCAGAAAUAUGCAGAACUGCAGAGCUGUGAAGGCGCAGUUGAAUUUAAAAGAAUACUUUUAAAUGGCACGACGAUUGCCUCGGAGAAGUACUUAAGGCACAAGAAGAUAGACUGCACUGCAGUUUGCUUGUCCAAUGGGAGCUACGUAAAAGCCAAAAGAUUAAUUUUUGCCAGAGACCAAACAGGCUGUGAGCAAGUCUAUGUUUUGUCUUUUAGUUACAUUACAGAGCCUAUCGCACCAUGCAGUCACAUAAAAGCUGCAAGGAAACAUACACGGCAGAUGUUGUUUAAGAUUAAUGAUAAUGCUUGUUCAUGCAUUUACCUUUGUGCUGGAGGCACAGAGUUUUUUUGUGACCUAGUCAAUAGGUAUGAGUGGUCAUAGGAUGUGUACAACAUUGUAUGUGAACUUUUAAACGAAGGAAACAUGUCAUCUUUUUAGAAAUAUUUUUUCGUAGAUUACAUUCCAGAGAUUUUUUUUUCAGUAAGCUUCAAGAAUAAAAUGGUGUAGGAAAGUUUUUUUUUUUUUCAAUUACUAAUUGAGCUUAUUAUCCACUACAUUUCUGAAAAGGAUGAAAAGGAUUACUUAAAAGGAUGUAGAGGGACAGUUUAGUAUUUUGGUUAUGUGCUUGGUGGAGUUGUAUAUUGAUACUUGUCUAUCUUUCACCGGCUAACAAAUGUUAAACAUGAUCGCUCGGCGCAGGACGCGCCUGCAUGUAUCGGAAGUUUCUCGAACGUUAUCGGUGCUUCUAUCCGUUGUCUUUUGUUACCGACGCUGAUGUAAUCUGAUUGCAUGAGCAACGCAAAUUGUCUAGUACUUUCUGAAAGACACACGGGCACCAGAGAUUACUCUGGAACCUUCAAUGACUGAUGUGUAAAAGUAAACUCAUGCUUAUCGUUGUGCUUCAAGUUCAACUUGCUUUUGUGGGCACAGGUGUGCCCACUAAAAAGUCCGUUUCGUCAUUCACAGUUUUGCGACUGUUUUCUUCACCAUCACUACUACGUGACAAUAUAAUCUGCAUAGUAUUACUACUAAUUAUCUCUUGUUGCUAAUGUCAUU